GUUGCUCAGGACGCGCCUUAUUCAGACCUUUGACCUCCGAAUCAACGUGCGACGAAACAAGAUUCAACGCCGUCUUUCUGUUAAACCUGCCGGCCCCAGGGAGCUUCCAGAAGUGGAUGAGCCACAUGCGACGGAGAUUUCUCUUGAUGUCCCUAGUCUUGGUCUUGUGAAUCCAACCACCUGUUGAUUUCGUAAAUACGAUAAAGCCAACGGCCCUUUUUAGGGCCACUUUUUUAUUCUUUGUUACAAACAUUUCUAUUGUGGUGUUAUUGUUGUUGUUGUGUUUUUUGUUUGUUUGUUUUGUCUAACAAUGUCUUCUGAGCACUCGAGACUACAGGAAUUGCUGAGGGCGGGGAAUGGCUUGGCAGAUGAGUUUGCUGCCAGAAGACCUUCGAAGCCAAGAAACCGACGGGGGACUGGAGGCUCCAAUGUUACGUGGAGGAAGAGGGACCAGGAUGGGAACAUCGUACCCCAACAUUUUCGGAGGAAUCGAUCUGUUCAGUCUGUCGCCCCAAGGGAACCCCCUUGGGUGGAUGAGUCGCAGACGGCUGAUAUUUCUCAGGAUGUCCCAAGUCUUGUUCAGUCUGUCGCCCCAAGGGAACCCCCUUGGGUGGAUGAGUCGCAGACGGCUGAUACUUCUCAGGAUGUCCCAAGUCUCAUUCAGCAUGUUGCCCGUAGGGAACUCCUAGAUGUUGGGGAGUCGCACACGGCUGAUAUUUCUCAGGAUGUCCCAAGUCUUGAUCAACAUCUUCAGGCACUCAGGAAUCUGCUGAGUACUGUCACUGUCCCUGCAUCAGCAGAAGAGGAGCAGACACCCACCAUGUCUGCAUGGAGCAGAAGACAAACCAUCUGCGAAAGAAAAUUCAGGGCUGCAAUGCCAGAGCUUCUGAAUUCCAUGUUGGCAGCAGAGACUGUGAACAGGCAUUGUUGUCAGCAAUGCCAAACUGUUGAUGCUGUGGUCCGGUGCCUCGACUGUGUUGCCUCAGGAACUCAGUUUCUCUGUUCAGCAUGUGACGUGACUAUCCACAGGAAAAACAUCUUCCAUGACAGAGAGGCCAUGAUUGAUGGUUUUUUCGAAUCCAUUCCCCCCACAUCCUUUGUGGUGGUGGGUGAAGGUGGCCAACAUCAACUUGGUGAACAAGUGUGCAUUCUUCCGAUUCCUCCACCAACCCAAAUCUGCUCCUGUGGUCCAAACCAAGACUUCUCCAUUCUCCCUGGAAAGCAGACUGUCUUGGUGACUAUCAACGGUCCAUACCAAUUGUGCUUGCCUGCUGUGUGCUGUCCAAGUUGUUCUUGCAAAUGGACUCCAGGAACAAGUGACUUGCUUGGAUGCAGAUACUGGCCAGCAACCACCAGCUGCCAACUCCUGUACAAGUUCGAUGUCUUCACAUCAUUUGAGCAGAUGAAGUUAUCCAGCCCAGCUCUGUCUCAACAAGCAUUUCUCAAAAUGCUUGAACAUCGAUCCCUUCGCACAGGAAGGACGGGCCGUAUCUGUGGCGAUACCUUCCACAGGGUCUUUCGUGAGUUUGCUUUCUGCAAUUUAAAAAAAAAAGACCUCUGCCUGGUUGAGCCCUUCCAAUGUCCAGCAUGCACACCAGACAUGCUGGCUAUAUCUGUGGAUGGUAAUCGAAAGCAUUACCGCUUCAAGAAGUCCAAGGGGACUGAUGAACCAUCUCUUUUUGAAGGACGGUUCAUUGCUGAUGAUGCUAAAGUUUCUGCCUUUGUAGACCAGAUCAGAAGCCAGAUGUUGAGCAGGACUGGUCGUGAUGUCUGUGGGCCAGCAUCAUUUACAGCAGGCAGGGAAACGUCCCAGAAGUCAAGGGCCAAGGUGGAUGAAGAGGGCCUGCACAUAGCUGUGUGCAGGCAUGGAAUGUUGCUGCAGGGCCUGAACCACUACCGUGGGGAAGUCUAUGCAUACCCCAUGUUCCUGCAGAAGGAGCUGGCUCAAGCCACAAAUGCAACAUUCUUUUGCAUGGACCUUACUUGCAGGUACUGGCCAUACUUGGAGAAGAUGGCAGAAAAGUUGCCUCAGCUCCGACACCUUACAGAGAUGAAGCCAUUUCUCUCUGUAAUGCAUGCCAAGGCUCACACUGGCAAAUGUGAGGUGAGGUGGGGGGGCAGAAGUCAGGAUGGUGCAGGAAACACUGUUGGAGAGGAGGUAGAGCAAGUGAACAGUUUCCUGUCAAGGGCAGCUCUCACCACAAAGUACAUGACCAAGUCAGGCAGAUCAGAUAUGCUAACGGUGCUUGCCAUGGUUUGGAACCAAAGGAAGGUGGACGGUCUCCACAAGGCACUAGCAAAAAGAUUUGUAAAAAGUACACAGAGGGCAGAAGUGGAAGAAGCCAACCUUGAGAGUCUCAAGCAGGAAUUCAACAUCUCACUGCAGGACACUGAGCAGUGGGUGUUGGAUGUGAAGCAAUGGGCUGCCACAGAAAGAAAUGGUGCUCCUCAUAAUAUUCAGGAAGAGCUCCGGAGAGAAAUUGAUGAAAUCAUUUACUCUCUCCGAAGGAAAAAGCAUGACCUCUAUCGACAAAAUGACAGCAACCAGACAAGACAGAGGAAGAGAAGGAAGAUUGGAGAGCAGAAGAAGAAGCUCCAAGAGAAGAUCCUGCUCUACAACUCGACAGCUACCAGUGAAGAGAAGAUCAACACAGAGGAAACAUCCAGUCUCUCCGAUGAUCUUAUUCUGCCUUGGGAAGCACAAGGAGAUGUGAUAAGCCUCCGCUUGAAGCGGCGUCUCUUCGACCAGGUCAUGCUGGUCAGGCGUUUGGACGAGGAGAAAGCAAUCGUCGUGAAAGAAAUGACUCAGCAUUGUCAGUACCUGAAGAAGGGAUUGGACAAACUGAACAAUCUGCUUGCUCAGAAUACAGAGGACCUCAAAAACUGUACUUUUCCUACAGACCUGAACGAGGACGGAUACAGAGGACUGUAUUGCUGUGUUCUACAAAAUAAACACAUUCUGCAGAGACAACUGGGAACAGUGACCAGCGCCUACGCUCAUGUCGUCACGGACCCUUCUUUUCUGGAGGAAGACAUUGACAACUGUGAAGAGGAGGGCGAACAGGAUGACAGCAGUGAAGGAUUUUCAGAGGAGGAACCUUAACUACAAACUUUCAAGAAAUAAAAUGUGUCAAUAGGGUUUUUAUGUAUUUCAUUUAAUUUAGAAAGUUUGAGAGGACAAUUAGCUAUAAACAUAAGUGUGCGUCAUGCACUCUAAGGCUGUAGUUAGCCAUAGUUGUAGUUUUUUUCAUUAUUAGAAGCAGUGUUUCUUGCUUUCAUUAUGGCAAAAUGUGUUUUAAGUUGUAUUGCUUCUGCUGAAAUGUUGACCUUGGCAUCAAGACCAGCUUAAACAAAAUACAUAUCAGUAUAACCCACUG